AUGGUCUGUGUUCUAGGAGCUGGGAAAACAACUCUUCUAAAUUACAUACUGACAGAACAGCAUAAUAAAAGAAUAGCAGUUAUUCUGAAUGAGUUUGGAGAAGGAAGUGCCUUGGAGAAAUCCCUGGCAAUCAGUCAGGGCGGAGAGCUCUAUGAAGAAUGGCUGGAGCUCAGAAAUGGCUGCCUGUGCUGCUCAGUGAAGGAUAAUGGUGUGAAGGCUAUUGAGAACCUGAUGCAAAGGAGGGGGAAAUUUGACUAUAUAUUGUUAGAAACAACUGGUUUGGCAGAUCCAGGAGCUGUGGCCUCCAUGUUCUGGGUUGAUUCUGAACUGGGAAGUGACAUCUAUCUUGAUGGUAUUGUAUCAGUUGUUGACGCAAAGCAUGGAUUGCAGCACUUGACAGAGGAAAAGCCAGAAGACCUUGUCAAUGAAGCAUCUCGGCAGAUUGCAUUAGCUGAUCUUAUCAUCAUCAAUAAAACAGAUUUGGUUUCAGAGGAAGAAUUGAAUAAAGUUAGAACAUCUGUCAGGUCAAUAAAUGGACUUGUUAAAAUUCUAACAACACAAAGAUCAAGAGUUGAUCUCUCCCAUGUCUUGGACCUGCAUGCUUUUGACAGCUUAUCUGGAAUAAGUUUGCAGAAAAAGCUUGAGCAUGUAAAGACAACACAUGCACAUCUAGAUAAGGGUAUAAUUACAGUAACAUUUGAGGUUCCCGGAAAUAUAAAAGAAGAAAACUUAAAUCUCUUUAUUCAGAAUCUUCUAUGGGAGAAGAAUGUGAAAGAUAAGACUGGACGCACCAUGGAUGUCAUAAGACUGAAAGGACUGGUAUCUAUUCAAGGCAAAUCUCAUCAGGUGAUAGUGCAAGGUGUCCAUGAGCUCUACGAUCUGGAAGAGACUGCAGUAGCCUGGAAAGAAGACGAAAAGAGAACAAAUAGACUGGUCCUAAUAGGCAGGAACUUGGAUAAGGAGACUAUCAAAGAAGUAUUCAUAGCCACUGUGAGAGAGAAACAAGGAAACAGUUGA